AUGAGAAGCAUCGUGGUGAAGGCAAAGUGUCAGAGAGCAGCUCUGGCUUUUGCCGCCCCUCCAUUUGGCUUUGCGGCCCUCCUCGUCACGCUGCGAAACAGAAGCGAGGCCCCGGGCCCUGCGGCGUGUCGGGUUUACAGUUACAGCUACUGGAACUGCUGCCAAAAAGCUGCUGAGAUUGAUAUGAUGGUGGGGAAGAGAACGGACAAAAAAACAUUUCCAUUCCCAAUCGUUGGAGUGAAACAGAAACCGGUGUGCUUCAGCUGGAGUUUCCCCUCAAGCUCUGAUUGGGUGGAGAUCCUGGAGCCUCGCUCCCGCGAGCGCAUGUAUGUCAACCUGACCACGGGCGAAUGCGGCUGGGAUCCCCCUACCGGCGUUCCCGUCCGCCAGGCAGACGGCAACCAGUGGUGGGAACUGUUUGACCCCCACAGCGGCCGCUUCUACUACUACAACUCUACAGGGCGCCGCACGGUCUGGCACCAGCCCCAGGGGGCCGACAUAGUGCCCCUCUCCCAGCUGCAGGCCAUGAAGCGGUGCAGCGACGCCAGGAAGGCCGGCGGGGCGGCGGAGGAGCACCACCACCGCUCCACCACCGGAAGCAUAGGCAGCGUGGGGAGCCAGGGACGCCGCACCCCUAUGGCCGAGCGGGACGGCGACGGCCCGUUGCCCAGAGCCCCAGAGCCGUCCGAGCAGAGCGCCAACUCCGAGCCGGACCCGGCAGCGGGCGGCCGAACCAAAGGAGAUGGUAGCAGCUCCGAACACGAGGCGGAGGACGGCAAAGACCCUCAGAGGGAUAGCGCUCAAAGAUGGCAGCCGGCUCCCGGUUCUAAAGCAGCUAUGUUGGUGAAGGUGAACAGCAUGCAGCGCGGCCAGCCCAUCCCACCUCUUCAGCACAGUGCGCACAGCAAAGCCAGCACCGCUUCCCUGCACCAAUCCUGCAGCAAGCCCCAAGGAGGACAGCUAAGCUCCAGCCAGGGCUAUAAAACAGCCCCCUCUGGCAAAAUGACCAGUGAUGCACGUCAGGCUCAGCACGUGAGAAAAUCCAGCAACGGUAGUUUCUGUUUGGUGACGUCGGACAGUAGCCAUCCCAGUCCGCUCCUCCAUAGGUCACAAACUUGCACCCCUCGCCCUGUAUCUCCUCCGUAUGGUUGCACUGCCCCGAUCUAUGACGAGCCAGUGUCAGACUGUCCCAUAUAUGACGAACCUCCUACAGAUAUGGAAGUAGAGGGGGCACACCUGUACAAUGGACAACAUUUGUCUCGUUUGACACCUACCCAAAGUCUCCAAAAGCCCAGACUUCUCCCGCACCCUGCGUCGUCACAUCCAGGGUCUAGACACCGGAGAGACCCGUCUUCCUCCGACUACAGCCCAGCUGGUCUGGAGUGCAUCAAGCACAUGGUCAACGUGGACCCCAAACAGGGGCUCCCAUCCAGUUCUCCUCUGCCUACGCGAGCCGCCUCCCCUACGUCCAGACAGGAGCGUGUUUUGACUCUGCCUCAACCCCAACCUUCGCAACAAUCUCGAGGCCAGUUGAGGGACAGAGAGCCAGGAACCCCGGGUCCAAGUUCGCUGGACAAAAAGCAUAACUGGCGAAUCCUUGAGGCCACCGUGCAGCGUGCCAUGGACGCGCGGCACAGCAGGCAGAGCAGCCAGGCCUCGCAAGACUUCCCGUCUACAACGCCGCAGGCCACAGCAAACUAUCAAGACUCUGGUUACUCAACUGGUCCCUCUCCAAGCUUGAGAAGAAAGAGCCGGAGGAGAAUGGGAGGCAGCGGAGGGGCAGGAGGCAGGCCGGGCUCCGUAGGCAGCAGCGGGGAGCUGUGCGCCCUAAACGAGAGACUUAUGGCUGAAAUGAGGGAGGUGGUGAGUCGCUCCAACACCAUGAGAGAGGUGAGAGCAGGGCUAGACCCGGAGAUGGGGGACAGGGGCGUUGUACCUCGGACACGCUCCCCCGCCGACUCACUCAGGUGGUUUGGAGGAGGAGUGAGCUCUGCCGGCAGGUGUCCGUCACGAGAGGAUGUCAGCAGUGCGCCAAGGUCACUAAAGGGGACGGCUAACUACGGCCCCCCUGCUUUGACCCCUCUGGAAAUACCAGGGAGGCAAAAAAGAACCUAUGAAAAGGUGGAUACAUUGGAGAUGAGUAUCAACAGCCAGGCCAGCCUGUCUUCACCAGAGACCCCAGGACCACCAUCACAGGCGGGAACCCUAGAGCUACAAGCUCAGCUGGAGAGCAGGAAGAAAGGCAUGGUGGAUGGACGGACGGCGUCUCUAGGCCCGCAUCGCUCCGCCAGCCACGACAACCGAGAAGGAGGCGAUGGAGCAGGAGUCCGAGGAGGAGGAGGAGGGUCCUCCUACCAGCUCGCUUAUGCUACCCUGCGGCAGCCUCCGCCGCCGGACAUGGGCAUGGAGGACUGGGCCAGCAAGCACCUCAACAUGCACACGCAGGGGCUGUUCCGGCGCCGGGUCUCCAUUGCCAACAUGCUGUCCUGGAACCGUGGGUCCAUCAAGAAGCCCAUGCUGGUCACCAGCGACCGCGCCGUCAGGAAGGAGGCCUGCGAGAUGUUCAAGCUGGUGCAGGCCUACAUGGGCGACCGGCCGUCGCGCCUCGACCGCCGCCACUGUGCGCUGCUCAUCGUCACCAAGUGCUGGGACAUGCCGGGGCUGCGGGACGAGCUGUACGUGCAGCUGGUGAGGCAGACCACGGGCAACGCCAGCCCGCGGAGCCUGGCAGCGGGGUGGGAGCUCAUGGCCGUCAGCCUGGCCUUCUUCGCGCCCUCGCCGAAGUUUCGCUGCUACCUGGAGGGCUACAUUCAGAGACACACGGAGCCCAACAGCGACAAGAAAUGUGAGUCUCAGACUGAGGCACAGGUGACACAGUUUAUUUUGGAGCAGCAGGAACUGAAGCUGAAGAAGAACUCAAAGUCCAGAAAGAAGCGGAAACAGAACACAGAGGAGGAAGAAGGCCUUCCUGUCAGCACAUAUGCCAAAUUCUGCCAUCGGAAGCUGCUCAAGGUGGCUAUCACUGGAGGCAAAAAGGGUCUGCGUAAGCCCACCUUGGAGGAGAUCGACCACAGCAGACGGGCCAUCAUCACCCCGUCUCUGUUCGGCAGCUCUCUGGAGGAAGUGAUGGAGCGGCAGAGCGAGCUCUUUCCAGACAGGAAGCUGCCCUGGGUGCAGGUCCAGCUGUCCCAGUACGUCCUGGCUCUAGGCGGUGCUCAGACGGAGGGCAUCUUCAGAGUGCCUGGAGACAUUGAUGAAGUCAACGCAUUAAAGCUCCAAGUGGACCAGUGGAGGAUUCCAGAGAAUCUCUCUGACCCCAACGUUCCAGCCUCUCUGAUGAAGCUGUGGUAUCGGGAACUGGAGGAGCCGUUGAUCCCGAUGGACUUCUACAAGCAGUGCAUCAGCAACUGCGACGACCCGGUGGCGGCCAUUGCCGUGGUGCAGUCUCUACCAGAACUCAACAGACUGGUUCUAUGCUACUUCAUCCACUUCCUUCAGGUAUUCGCCCAGCCGUCCAACGUCGCCAUAACCAAGAUGGACGUCAACAACCUGGCCAUGGUGAUGGCCCCCAACUGUCUCCGGUGCCACUCGGACGACCCGCGCAUAAUCUUCGAGAACACGCGCAAAGAGAUGUCCUUCCUGCGGAUGCUCAUCGUCCACCUGGACACGGGGUUCAUCGAGGGCGUGGUGUAGACACUGGAACGCCCAGAGCGCACAAACCGGUCACACAUUGACGAACCAGCGGAGAAAAAUAAAUAAAUAAAAAAAUCAACACUGUCUCUGUUUAGGUCACACUGGAAACUUGAGGUGAUGUUUUACAGCUCU